UUUGGGGGAAGAGAAUUGAGUCAUUUUGUUGAUGGCACAAACGACAACCCAAAAGUUUCCUAUCAACCCUAAACCGUUUCUUCACGACCUUGUUGGGAAACCACUUAUUGUAAAACUCAAAUGGGGUCUUGAAUAUAGAGGUUUAUUAGUUUCUCUAGAUUCAUAUAUGAACUUGCAACUCACACAAACAGAGGAGUGGAUCAACGGAAAAAUGGCAGGGAAACUCGGCGACGUUUUAAUUAGAUGCAACAACGUAUUGUACGUUAGAGGAGGUGAAGGCGAGCCGAAUGGAGUACAAAAGUGACGAGGAAUAAACUUAUAUGUAUACGGCAUAGGUAUUCUUAAUCUAAUCUUUCUGCAAGAGCUUCUCGCAUACGUUCAUAAUAUUGCAGUUUUUGUGUUUCCUUCCUGGCAUCCUCCAAAUUUUCGUUGUAAAACGCUGAAGAUAAGUUUUGCAAACAAACUUCCGUUUCUUUUGCUACUGUUUCCCUAAUUUGUUGUAGCUGAAUCUUAUUCGAUUCCUCUUCCACUUUUUCGCGCAAUUCCAAGAUAUGCAUAAGAAAAGAUGGUUCCAUAGUCACGUCAUCUUCUGAUAGAGGCACUCCUUUAAUCUCCAAAAGAUAUUUUGCUCUUAAGUGUGGUUUCUUCAAAACACCGUAUGCUCUGUUUACUGCUGCACUCAUAGCUGCCGCUUGUUCCUGUAAGUGCGAUGAAGACUGGCCGUGAAGGUCCGGAUGCCAUUGUGACAAAAUGGCACGAAACUUGCGCUCCAACUCUUUCUCAUCUAUGUCAAAGGAAAUAUUGCUUUUGUCUGUCAGGGAACUGUGAGCAACUGUAAAUAGACACAUACCAACCCAGAAUUUCGAAAUAAUUCUGGUCUCCAUAGUUCUUUGAAGUUUGUUGUUGUAUUCCACUCUUGAAACAUCUUGCUGUACGAAUGUUGCCACAUCCAGAGGAAACGAAACUUCCACCGAAAGUCCUUCUCCG